AUGAGGAUAGAAAGAGUCGACGCGUGGGGAAGAGAAUCCGCACAAAAGAUAAUCGAUUGUAAUGAAGUCUUUGGCAAGAUUGGCCUGCCCAUUGCGCCUGCGCGUCCAUUAAGAGUCACGCAUCUGUCAGAGAUCCACCAAUUGGCGCAUUUUUCUCCCCUGAGAAGAAAAGAUUUAUCUAUCUAUCUCAUUCAGUAUCUAUCUAUCUAUCUAUCUAUCUAUCUAUCUAUCUAUCUAUCUAAGACUUCACAUCUAUCUAUCUAUCUAUCUAUCUAUCUAUCUAUCUAUCUAUCUAUCUAUCUAUCUCAUUCUGUUCCUUCAUCUAUCUAUCUAUCUAUUUAUCUAAGACUUCACAUCUAUCUAUCUAUCUAUCUAUCUAUCUAUCUAUCUAUCUAUCUAUCUAUCUAUCUAUCUAUCUAUCUAUCUCAUUCUGUUCCUUCAUCUAUCUAUCUAUCUAUUUAUCUAAGACUUCACAUCUAUCUAUCUAUCUAUCUAUCUAUCUAUAUAUCUCAUUCUGUUCCUUCAUCUAUCUAUCUAUCUAUUUAUCUAAGACUUCACAUCUAUCUAUCUAUCUAUCUAUCUAUCUAUCUAUCUAUCUAUCUAUCUAUCUAUCUAUCUAUCUCAUUCUGUUCCUUCAUCUAUCUAUCUAUCUAUUUAUCUAAGACUUCACAUCUAUCUAUCUAUCUAUCUAUCUAUCUAUCUAUCUAUCUAUCUAUCUAUCUCAUUCUACUUCACAUCUAUCUAUCUAUCUAUCUAUCUAUCUAUCUAUCUAUCUAUCUAUCUCAUUCUGUUCCUUCAUCUAUCUAUCUAUCUAUUUAUCUAAGACUUCACAUCUAUCUAUCUAUCUAUCUAUCUAUCUAUCUAUCUAUCUAUCUAUCUAUCUAUCUAUCUCAUUCUGUUCCUUCAUCUAUCUAUCUAUCUAUUUAUCUAAGACUUCACAUCUAUCUAUCUAUCUAUCUAUCUAUCUAUCUAUCUCAUUCUGUUCCUUCAUCUAUCUAUCUAUCUAUUUAUCUAAGACUUCACAUCUAUCUAUCUAUCUAUCUAUCUAUCUAUCUAUCUAUUCAUCUAUCUAUCUAUCUAUCUAUCUAUCUAUCUAUUUAUCUCAUUCUGUUCCUUCAUCUAUCUAUCUAUCUAUUUAUAUCUAAGACUCUAUGUAUCUAUCUAUCUCUAUCUAUCUAUCUAUCUCAUUCUGUUCCUUCAUCUAUCUAUCUAUCUAUUUAUCUAAGACUUCACAUCUAUCUAUCUAUCUAUCUAUCUAUCUAUCUAUCUAUCUAUCUAUCUAUCUAUCUAUCUAUCUAUCUAUCUCAUUCUGUUCCUUCAUCUAUCUAUCUAUCUUGGUAUCAUCACAUCUCUGAAAAUAUAUACGCACGCACAUAUAUCUAUCUAUCUACCUAUCUAUCUAUCUAUCUAUCUAUCUAUCUAUCUAUCUAUGCGCAAACAUAUAUCCGUACACACUCAGACGCCAAUACAAUUUUAAAACAUGAACCAAUUAGGCAAAUAUAUACACAUAUCUAUCUAUCUAUCUAUCUAUCUAUCUAUCUAUCUAUCUAUCUAUCUAUCUAUCUAUCUAUCAUUCAGUUUAUAUCUAUCUCAGACAGUUUAUAUCUUUCUUUCUUUCUGUGCCGUGUCCUUUCAGGACUGUCUCACCGAACCGCACCUAAAUCCUAUCUCGGUUGGCCCUCUCACAAAUUGUGGCAUGUGUUGUCGCAGCUGGCGCAUGUGCUGAUGUCGCCGGAACAACGGUACAGCUUGCCUUACGACACUUCGACGAGCCCUCCACUCCCCAGUCAAUACUCUCCUCCAAUUCUUUGCCUUCUAUCAAAUUGUUUCCCCCACAUCCUUACCCACCUUUUCUAUUUCCUCUCAACGGUGUCAGUGAAUCUCACGAUUCUGUCUUUUCGUCGACCUUUUCUCUUGGUUAUCCCUCAUCUCUCUUUCUCUCUCCUCUCUCUCUCUCUCUCUCUCUCUCUCUCGAUAUUUUAUUCCUCUUGCUUCACCAAUGACAUAUUCCACUCGUUUUGUUCAUCUAGUUGUAAUCUUUGUAACAUUUUGACGACGUCACUUGCUAUCUUUCACCAUUUUCAUUUCUUUUUCACAACCCUCUCUUUUAUAUUUUUUCUUCCUUUUGCAAAUCAACUUGCCCCUCUUUCUUUCUUUCUUUCUUUCUUUUUUCCUUCCUACUUUUCAUUCAUUCAUUCUUUCUUUCUCGUGUAUGUUUGGUUGUUUUGUUUGUUUCUUUUUGUUUGUUUCUUUUUGUUUGUUUCUUUUAUUUCAUUUUCCUAUCUCUAUCAUAUUCCUUUAUCUUUUUGUGUUUCUAAUUCUUUCUUUCUUUCUUUCUUUCUUUCUUUCUUUCUUUCUUUCUUUCAUCCAUUCUUUUGUAUGUUUGGUUGUUUUUGUUUCUUUUUCGUUGUGUCUUUGAUUUCAUUUUCCCAUCUCUAUCAUAUUCUUUAA